AUGUCUCUUAGGUUACCACAAGCACCAAAUGCGGGACUCUUUAAGCCUGGAUACCAGUCUCACUCUAAUUCAGAUGGGGCAGUAAUAAGAAAUAUUGAAGCUGUUAGAGAAAUAUCAUCUAUCCUUUUGACAUCCAUGGGGCCCAGUGGUAGAAACAAAAUUAUAGUGAAUCAGUUGGGUAAAAUUUUCAUAACUAAUGACGCCGCUACAAUGUUGAAUGAGCUAGAGAUAGUUCAUCCCGCAGUAAAAAUUUUAAUCAUGGCAUCAAAGCAGCAAGAGUUUGAAAUGGGUGACAAUACCAACUUGGUUAUAAUUUUGACUGGGGAAUUCUUGAAUAUAGCAGAAAAAUUGAUCACAAUGGGUUUGAGUAUACCCGAAAUUAUUCAGGGAUAUAAUUUGGCAAAAAAUUUUGUGUCUGAAACUUUAGAUAAGCUAGUUGUUGAAAAGGUGGAAUCAAUCCUCGAUCAAGGAGAAUUAAAAAAGGUGAUCAAGCCAGUGAUUGCUGCCAAACAGUAUGGGAACGAAGAUUUGAUUACUGACCUUGUUAUAAAGGCAGUACAUUUGAUCCUUAACCCAAAAAACCCAAAUUCAUUCAAUAUUGACUCUAUUAGAGUUGUGAAAAUUAUGGGCUCUUCUUUGUCUAGUUCAGAUGUUGUUAAAGGAAUGGUUUUUCCAAGAGAGCCCGAAGGACAUAUAAAAAAUGUUAAGCAAAAGUCAAAAGUGGCAGUUUUUACUUGUCCUAUUGAUAUUUCUACGACAGAAACUAAAGGUACUGUUUUAUUACAUAAUGCACAGGAAAUGUUAGAUUUCUCGAAAGGCGAAGAGCAACAGUUGGAUCAAAUGUGUAAGGAAAUUCAGGACGCCGGAGUUAAAGUUGUUGUUGCAGGGACAAAUGUUGGUGAAUUGGCUUUACAUUAUUUCAAUAAACAUGAGAUCUUGGUAUUGAGAGUGCCCUCCAAGUUCGAUUUAAGAAGAAUUUGUCAAGUUUGCGGUGCUACACCUCUUCCUCGCUUGGGUGCUCCAAUGCCUGAAGAAAUGGGUAGUAUCGAUGUGAUUGAAUCAAAGGAAAUUGGUGGUGAUAGAGUGACUAUAUUUAGACAAGACGAAUCAAUCUCAAGAACAUCUACCAUUGUUAUCAGAGGUGCCACUCAAAAUAAUUUGGAUGAUAUCGAGAGAUCUAUUGAUGAUGGUGUUAAUGCUAUAAAAGGUUUGAUUAAAGACAAUAAAUUGUUACCUGGUGCUGGUGCCACAGAGACUGAAUUGGUUAAAUUGAUAACGCAAUAUGGUGAAAAGACACCAGGAUUGAUGCAGUUAGCUAUUAAGAAUUUUGCGAAGGGUUUUGAGGUUAUUCCCAGGGUAUUGGCUGAGACUUCAGGUUUAGAUGCAAGCGAACUUUUGAGUAAAUUGUAUGCUUCGCAUUCAAAUACUGACGGAAGCGGUUUGAGGACUGGUAUUGACAUCAAUGGAGAGACUGAUAAUGGCUUAAUUGACGUAUCUGAAGCAGGAAUUUUCGAUUUAUUAUCAACCAAGAAAGGUGCGAUAAAUUUAGCCGUCGAAGCAACUAAUACAAUAUUGUCUAUUGAUCAAAUCAUCAUGGCUAAGAGAGCAGGAGGACCCCAAAUGCCAAAGCAACAAAGGCCCGGAAAUUGGGAUCAAGCAGAUUAA